CACUGUGCUUGUUCUCCGGUAUGUCCCGCAGCCCCACAGUCCCUGGGUGAGUUUUUCUGAACCAGUCGGGACUGUGAGGUUUGGACCUGCCGGGUGGUUUAAGAGUACGGACGGACUACUUGGGCUAAGGAGUUUCUUAGAAGAGUUAUUGACUCCGUGGACCAGACACACCGACACACCGACAGACAGGAGGGCAGUGCCAUGGUUGGGGCUCCAGGGACAGUUCAGAGCCCAGCACCAGAGACAGCAGAGUGUGUGAAGACACGGAGCCCCAGGGCGAGGCGGGUGCGUGGAAAGGACACGGAGAUUCGCUGGUUCCGUCACCUCUGGGCAGAAGUUUGACCCGGGUAGCACUUGGCCGCUCGCACACCCACCUACCCACCCACCCCCUCAUCCCGCCAUGCUGCUGGGAGACGACCUUUGCCCAUCUUCCCGGUGGGCUGCUUGGCGGGAAGGCCCGACCCCGGGGGCGGGGGCGAGGUGAGGCGUGUCCGUCCACAGCGAGGCUGAGGGGCGGGAAAGCGCAGAGGACGCCCUGUCGGUCCCGCCUUCCUAGGGGACCCAACACACUUCACUUUCUUGGAUUCUCCGCUCCCUGGGACCAACAGGCCCAAGCCACCCUGCCCCGGCGCCUCACUCCCGACUGCGUGGGCGAGAGCGGGUGCGGUGGGGCAGAGACUCCGCAGUCUCUCUGGAGAGGCAAAGUGCCGCAUCCACCCUUAGACUUGAGCUGCGGGCGUCUGGGAGGGCGGACGGCAGAGCCCGGGCCUGGGCUGUCCGUGCUCCCAUCGGCAACGCGGCGGGACUGCGUGCGUCACUGGAACCGCUUUUAGAAUCUUUACCAAUGGAGGCUUUUGUUUCUCGACCUCAGACCUGCCUUCAACUGGCAUUCUCUUGCCUUUUAGAAGCAAACCAAAAAGCCAGCCUUUGAGACUGAUUCUCACAGCGAGGCAGGUCAGCCGCGGUCACGCUGGCGCGCUGGGCGCAGCCGGCCUGUGGUCUGCAGUGUCACCUGACCUGAAGGGGACCCAUCCCGUGCCCGGGCACCCGGCCCGCCAGGCCUCCGACAACACAGCGGGGCAUCUUAAGAGAUCCAGUAACUUUAGUAAAGCGCGCAGCGGGUGCUCUACAAAGCUGGGCAUCAAGACAAGCUCAAACUCCAUGGCAGAGCAGCCGAGCUGUGAGUCAGGGCUGGGUGGAUGCUUAAUGUCAUGGACUGACUGGCUGGAGCUGUCAUUGCUCAUUAAAGGGUGACACAAGGCCUCAACCGGAGGGGAGAUCACUGCUGCGCUCAGCCUCUGCCGACCGUCUCUUCCCGCAGCGGGCAGCAGUGACACUGAAGGCAUCAGUGUGUGGAGAACAAGUGACUGGCUGCUGAGCCCCACACUGGACACCCACAGCAACCCCCCCCCCCCCAAGCUUAAGGCCACCCUGGGCUACAUAACAAGUCCCAGGCUAGCCAGCCUGCCUCAAAGAUAUCUCUCAGGGCCAAGAUGCUGGGACAUCUGUAAAAAUAAGAACUUGUCUCCACAGCAGACUUCUGGGUUAGGCUAACUUCAGGGCGGUGGUGGCCCCAGGCCGGCCGGCGCUGUUAGUCCCACCUGGCACGGGAGGCAGAGGCAGGGGGUCUGGGUUUGAGGCCAGCCUGGUCCACUGAGGGAGUUCUAGGAUAGCCAAGGCUACACAGAGAAACCCUAUCUGGAAAAACCAGAGACAGGAAGACGGGGGAGGGGGUAAGGUCAGGCUGAGGGAGCCGAGUGGGCUGAGUUUGAACACCAGCUCUGGGCACCAUGGUGUGAGCGGUGUACACGCAUGUGCAAGGGCUCCUGUGCGGUCCAGCAGAGAGUCAGGCCAUGGAGUCGGCUCUGUCUUCUGUGCAGAGGAACAGGAAGAACAGGUUGCGGGCCUGAGGAGCCUGUGCCCUCUCAUGGCUGUUGUGUUUCCCCUUCGGUAUGAGCUUUGGGGUGAGCAAGUUUAAUGCUCCCUUUUAGGAAGAAAGCUACGACUGGCUCCCGUGAAAGCUGCUGGCCCUGAGACGCACACAGACUUGGCAGUUAUGGGGAAAUUAGACAGUUUAAAUAUAUCUCUUCUUCCAUUUUUUCUUUUGGUUUUUGUUUGUGUAAUGAAAGGUCAGACAAGUACGUGAACUGGUUUUCUGGGGAGCCUCAACAGCAACACCUUAACACUUGCAGCCUCAGCCCUCCAGCCUACCCUGGACGCCUCACAAAUGCGUUGUUUCUGAAAACAGAGCCUCCUCAGUCUGCUGUCAAGGGACUGGGUAAUUGUUUUGCUCAGCAGGGCUCCGGCUAGGGUUUCUCCCAGCCUGUAUAUCCUCCUAGGAAAAGGUGUCACUGACACCGGAGUGAGGAGAAAGAAGAGAAUCGGAGGGGAGCAUCGUCUUCAAGAGAGGAAGGGUCAGAGCACCCGAGGCCUGCUGGAGAGGGUGAGGGCCCAGGCAGGGCCCGCGCUCUCAUGGAGGAGGGAGGACGUGCAGGGCCGCAGACGCCCGCCCUGGCCGAGGUCGGCUCCGCCUGGCGUGGUCAGCCCCACUGCAGCCCCCUCCAGCUCUUCGGGAUGCAGGCGGCCAGGCUGCUGCUGCUGCUGGGGCUGGCAUGCACGGCGCAGGGGCUCUGCUCGCCCACCGUCUUCUACAGAGGCUGCUGGAUCCGCCGCUUCCCGGGGCUGCGGCUGGACCUGGAGGAGUCGCAGAAGCUGGGCGCCCAGUUCCUCAGGUACUACUCGGAGAACACCGGCCAGCGCUGCAGCCGGAGCUGCUGCCUGCGGAAGGACGUUUCCUGUAACGUGGCCGUCUUCUUCCACGACCCGAUCCACGACAACGUCAACUGCCUCCACGUGCACUGCCCGACGCUGGAGAGCUGCAUCCUGGGCCCCGGGGCUGGCGCCGUGCUGUACAACGUGACAGCAGGCCGGGACCCCGACCUGCUGGUGUUUGAGCACUCCUCUCCCGCACACCUCCACACCCGCUCCUCGGCCGAGCGGUGGGAGCGACUGUGGAUGCUGAAGGCGAUGAGUGCAGGUCACGCAGGCAUGCAUGCCGACGAGGUAAAGCUCGCAGGGCCUUCUGCAGAGGCUGCAGUGUCAUCUGCACCCCUCGACCUGCGUGCAGGCACAGGCUAUUUCGGGAGCUCAAGCACAGCCGUGGUGAGCAGCUCGGCAUCGGUUGGGGUGUCUGCGGCCUGGAGGGCCAGCACGGCGGUGUCUCGCAGCGCACACUUGCCCCGAAGUGCAGCCGAGCCCCCCUCUCCCUCCUCCGGGCCGGCACACGUGACUCAGCGGCCCAGCCGCCCCCUAUUCAGCGCGAGCGGGCUAGCCCUGACCGCAGCACAGGGGGCCCCAGGGGCCAGCCACACGAGCGAGGGCAGCACUUGGGGGUGUGUGGGGUGGCUGGCCUCCGCAGCCCUCGGUGCGGCCACCAUGGUCAGCCUCUGCUGUGUGCUCACACGGGUGUGCAGAGGCCGAGGGGAGCGCUGGUUUCACCUGGGACAGCGAGAGGCAGGGCCCGGGGCCGAGCACGGCACAGACACGUGGAAGGAUGAGGCCGGGCACAACACAGUCACACAGAAGGACGAGGCCGGCAACGAGCGGGGCACACCCAGGGAGGGGCUCUAAGGUGGAGCCUGGCUAGGGCUCCACUGUUGGCUCUGUAAGAAAACAGCAUUGAGGUAGAAAUAAAGCUGCAGAUUCCAGGGCCAAGGCUGGGGCCAAGGCUAGGGCCGGCUGCUGUCCACUUCCGGAAGAGAGGUGGGAGGGGAUCACAAGUCACCCUCAGCUAGUGCAAAGCCAGCCUGGCCUGCUGGAGACCCUGUCCUUAAAAGAAAAGGCCGGGGGAGAGGUCACCGGGGGCCUGGCUCACACGCCACUGCUCAGUAACUGUUACUGUUAGAUGUGAUGAAACUGGUAGAGGGUGCAAAGGAGCAUGAGCAGUGUCGGCUGCAAGCGAGCACUUCCUGCUUUUCAGGCGCCCUGGAUUAGUGCUCCCGGCCCUUGACCCACAGGGUGCAAGGAGAGCAAACUCCGCAAGCUGUGCUCUGACCUCCAAGAGUGCUGGGGUGUGGGCAGGCGCGUGCACGCACAGUAGCAGAUGUGAUGGGGUGUCCACCACAGGAACGAACGCACGUGCACACACGGAAUAUGCAGGGAUGUGCUCACACGCCGUAAUGCAAGUGAGAGAAUACCCACCAUAUGCACAGAUGCAACUUGCACGUGUGCACACACGCACGGCAGUGUGCACACACAUAAGAAAGCCUGUCUACUGCUGUACUGAGCAAAAUAAAAACUGGAUUAAAAACCUU